UAUUUUUAAAGGGGAGUUUGGAUGUAGUAAUAACUGUUUCUGAUCCUUCGGCAGGAACUGAAAUGUUGAGUUUUUGAGAAUGUUUGACAAAAUGCAAGUUUUUGUACGGAGUGAAAUUUUGUAAUUGUUCCGCAAAAUUGUUUUCUUCAGUGACUAUGUUUCUCUUCUUUCCCGAAUUUCAGCAGCCUUGAUUUCUCCCGGAGAUCAACUUCAGUUUCGGAAAGAAAUGGCAGCUUCAGAAUCCUCUGCAUUCCGGAGCAUUCAGAUUCUGCUUUGCACCCGAAAAAAGCUAAGCUAGAUUCCUCCAACAACCAAAGGGAGAAAGAGGAAGCCAAUGUGGUUUUGGUGGAAAAGUAUGGGAAUGGAACCUUAAGGAGGUAUGUAUUGGAUGAAGGCUUGCAGUUAAUUUUUUUUUUUGAGGAAAAUGCUAUUGAAGAUUUGGAUAUCGCUGACUUGAAGUUACCUUGGCUUCUAAAGGUCAUCAAAGAUUUUGUUUUACCUGCAGGCUAUCCAGAUACAGUUUCAAAUGAUUACUUGGAAUACAUGUUGCUAAUGUUCCCCACAAAUGUUACGGGUGGAUCUGUCACACCUUGGUCACCUCAAGUCUCUUAAAGGCUAUUGGGGUGGGAUCAUUCUCAGGAACUGCUGCCGCUGCUUCUGCUGCUGCCUCUGCUGCUGCCAUCAGAUGGGUGUCAAAGGAUGGCAUUGGUGCCCUUGGACGUUUAUUCAUUGGUGGGAAGUUCGGAAGUCUUUUUGACGAUGAUCCUAAGCAGUGGCGAAUGUAUGCAGACUUUAUAGGAAGUGCAGGAAGCAUCUUUGAUCUCAGUACUGCACUAUAUCCCGCUUAUUUCCUACCAUUGGCUUCAUUUGGAAAUCUUGCUAAGGCCGUUGCACGAGGGUUGAGAGACCCCUCCUUCCGAGUGAUACAAAACCAUUUUGCUGUGUGUGAAAAUUUGGGAGAUGUAGCAGCAAAGGACGAAGUUUGGGAAGUAGCUGCUGAGCUUGUUGGCCUUGGUAUUGGCAUAUAUGCCCUGGAUACACCAGGCAUCUCGACAUCAUAUCUCAUGUUGUCAUUAAUAUGGUUGAGUACACGGACUUUGCAUCUUUGGUUUCGUUACUUGACUCUUUCAGUUCUGCAAUUUGACACCGUAAGAUGUUAACUAUAAAAGCAAUGUUCAUUACAGUGUUCUGAAGUAUGUUUUUCCUUUUCUGGUUUCUGUACCACCCCAUCUUUUCCCUUCUGUGCUGUAUCAUGUAAUACGCUUCUUGAAUUAUGCCACGUGUUGUAAACAAUGAAUGCUAAUCAAAUUCACAGUUUUUUGGACUUUCAUCCACACAGGUUCAAUAACUUGAAUUCGGCUUCUGUGCAGAUAAAUCUCAAACGUGCUCGUAUACUAGUUAACUCCCAUAUUUUGCAAUGUACAGUUCCAGAUAAUGACAUUCACAUGUACUUAAUUUGGCUUUAUAUGUUGUGGCAUUGAUUAAAUUUAUUUUCCAGGGAUCACGGACUGUAACAGGAAAGAGAAUAUUCUGUUGUGGGAAAGGUUCUCAAAUCCCCAUAUUAUUUUCGGUGUUCAUAUGGAAGAUAUGGUUGGUGGGGAUUUGAGAACCUUUCCCACAACAGGGGAUCAGGCUGAUCUCUCAUGCGACAGGAUCCUAAAUUAUUGCCAAGACGAGCGAGUUUACGGCCCCUUAAUCGCUACUAAUCUCUUAGCGAACGAUUAAGUGUGUGUGAAUGUGUCCUAGAACAAAUUAGAUCUCUCUUAAUUCAUUCUACAUGCAAUUGUAAUUCUAGCUGCAGUCUAGGUUACAAGAGAUAUCAAUUAAAUUAUUCAAACACAAAUUAAACGGCAUUCAUGCAAUUAAACCGACAAGAAUCUAGCCAUCAAUCAUGAUUAACCCCUUCAUCAACCCCAAAUCCCUAAUUAAACAAUUUACAAUUCAUAAUUGAAGAAUCAACAGAAUUGAGAUGAAUAGAAAUAAUUGUCAUUAAUUAAAAAGAUGAACUUACAAAUAAUCCCAGGGUCUUGGAAGAAAAUAGCGUAAAAACGGUGUUAAAUUCGUCCCUAGGCCUCUCCGUAAUGUUCGUAACGUCAAAAUAUGGGUAUGGGGGUCUUAUUUAUAGAAAACAGAUGAGUUUGGGUUGAACUGGGACUAAAAAAAGGGCUCAAAUUCGCGUCUCGGGUGUACGCACGAUCGUGCGUGGCCUGGUACGCACGAUCGUGCGUACAUGGCAGUAGCUUCAUGGUCGUUUUCGCUCUUACGCACGAUCGUGCGUACUUCUACGCACGGUCGUGCGUCCGUGCUUUUUCAGCGUUUUUCUAUUCCGAAUUUGACAAAACUUCCUUCAUGAAAGUUGUAGAAAAUAAAGUCCUCUAUCCACCCC